UACGUAUGGAACAGUGACGGCAGUUGGGCCUGGCAGGAAGAGGCCGUCCCCCGUGCAGUGCAGUGCAUUAUUGAAUGAUGAUUUGCGCCUUCUCCUUGCCCCCGUCGCUGCCGACCUCCACCGGUCGCCGCCCGCACGCAUCGAUAUUGGAAUUGGAGUAGUAUAUAUGAUCGAGCUAGGCCUUCCUCCCGGCUAGUUGUCAUUAAACUCUACAACGUACGUAUCUCUCCUCUCCUCCUGCUCCCGAGCAUUCCGUCCCCAUGGCUGUUGACGAUCUAAACCACCACCUCAUCGCCGUCGGAGUCGGAGAAGAAGCCGCCACCGCCCAUUGUGGGCUGCGCACCCUUGUGCGGAAUAUGGCGCAGCUGGUGGUGUCGCUGGGCAUAUUGGUCGCCGCCGACAAGUUGGUGGAGCAGGCCUUCGCAGCCGCCUCCAUCAAGUUCCCCAGCGCCCUCUUCGCCAUGUUCUGCGUCUUCGCCCUCCUCCUCUUCCUACCUCCUUCGCUCGCCAACGGAUUCAUGGCUUUCUUCGACCCCGCCACCGUCUUCAUCCACAGGUGGCUGCCCCUCUUCUUCGUCCCCUCCCUCGUCGUCCUGCCGCUUGCCGUCAGGGACGUCUCGCCUGCUUCUGCCCUCAAGAUCCUCUUCAUCACAUUUGGUGGCUGGUUUGCUUCACUGGUGGUGGCUGGUUACACGGCGCUGAGUGUGAGAAGGAUAGUGAAGACACAGCUUAUACCAGCUGAGCCCAUGAAGAGACCGUCUCCUUUCGGGCCGCUUGAAUUCUGGGCCUGGGCUGCUGUCUUUGUUGCUUCCUUUGCUGUUGCGUAUGUUUCCCCCACUGCGCUUGGUACCACCGCAACAACAUGCCUUCCUUUCUUGCUUGCUUCCACUGUUUUCGGUUACAUCCUUGGUUCCCGGUUACCAUCUGGUGUCAAGAAAGUGCUACACCCAAUCAUCUGUUGUGCACUUUCUGCAGAUUUGGCGGCAGUAGCAUAUGGGUAUCUCUCCCGGUCUGGAGUGGAUGCAGUGCUAGGUGAUUACCUCACAGAGUCUCCGUCAAAUCCAGGAGCUGGUGACAUCCUCAUGGGAUUUCUUGGGUCUGUCAUCAUAUCGUUUGCAUUUUCAAUGUUCAAUCAGAGAAAGCUUGUAAGGAGGCAUGCAGCGGAAAUUUUCACAUCAAUCGCUGUGGCAUCAACAUUCUCGUUAUAUUCAACUGCCAUCCUAGGACGAGUGGUAGAGCUAGAGCCAAUAUUGACCAUAUCAAUAUUGCCCAGGUGUAUAACCGUGGCAUUAGCUUUGAGGGUAGUUUCUCUCUUUGAAGGUGUAAAUACUUCAGUAACCGCAGCGGUGGUUGUCCUCACGGGGCUGAUCGGCGCAAAUUUUGCGCAAGCAGUGAUGGACAAGCUUCGCCUCAAAGACCCCAUCGCACGAGGAAUAGGGACAGCUUCCAGAGGGAAACGGAGGGAGCAGUAAUUGAUAAAUAAGAGGGUGAUGUUAGGCGUGCAAUCUGAUCCAUACAUACAUGCAGUGCCCAUGGACUGGGAACGGCAGCGGUGUCAGCCAAGGAGCCUGAAGCGUUGCCCUUCUGCGCCAUCGCCUACGCCCUAACGGGGGUCGUCGCCUCGUUAUUUUGCUCUCUUCCGGCGAUCAGGCACAGCUUAGUCUUCAUAGCUGGCGAUGCCUCUGCCUCACAAACACAACACUUUUCUUACUAGUAUUAUUUGGAUAUAUAUUUGUUUGUCUGUCACUAUUCAUGAAAAACAGACCCAGUACAGAUUGAUAUUGUGAUUAAUAAUCCUACGACCGAAUAAAUACUGUAUAUACAGAGACACGUAUAUAUGGUAGGAGUAACAUGGAAGGGAGAACUAUUUGUAUAUGUAAUUAAUUUUUGUAAGGGAGGACCUGGACUUGGUGGAAUGAAGCAGCUGAUUGCAGUUAAA